CAAACCUGCUCGAGGAUAUGAUGGUCCAACCUCGAAGGGAUUUUGGAAUACGACCACAAAAGUCAGAUUUAGACAAAAAGCAAAACCUGUGGAUAAAUGAACAUAACAAAGAACUGACUCCGUGGUAUGUAUGGAACCACAAAAUACCGAUCACUAGGAGCCGAAGUGAGGAGAGACCAUCUGUGGCUACCUCUACUAAGGUAGCAGUCAGAGCUUUCAGCAGAGACCUCAGAGAGUACUUGCUAACUUCGACAUUGCAUGGUCUGCGGUACAUCGGCGAGAAGAAGCUUACUUGGUUCGAAAGGUUCUUCUGGCUAGCAGCCUUCCUAUGCUCCCUGAUAUGCGCGGGCUUCUUCAUCCUAAACGUGUACGCCAAGUGGCGCCUGUCGCCGAUGAUCGUGAGCAUCAACCCUGAGAACCUGGUGCUCGAGGACCUGCCCUUCCCGGCCCUCACGAUCUGCAACGUCAACCAGGCCAAGAAGUCUGUGGCGCAGCACUACCUGAAGUUUGGGACAUCGGUGGACAAAAAGCUGUUGGAGAGUCUGUGUUCCACCCAAAACGACGCAGAAAUAUUUGAAGACGGAAUCGCAGAAAGCGCUGACUGGGACUACACACGCUCGUUUCUUAUAAAUGUAACACAGCCAUGCAGUGAAAUGUUGACAUCAUGCACGUGGAACUCGAAGAACACGAGCUGCACGGAUCUAUUCAACGCACAGCUCACCGACGAGGGUCUCUGCUGCACCUUCAACGUCGUGCACCGCAAGAUGAUGUUCAGAAAUCCGAAAUCUUUGAAUGAUUUAAACCUGACAUUCCCGUCUCCAGCAGUGGACUGGACACCAGAAAAGGGAUACCCACCUGACGCACCUGUGGACGGCUUUCCGUGGAGACCCAAAGGUAUCGGCACCAGUCAUGGUCUCAGUUUGGUAUUGAAUGCUAACAUUGCAGAGUAUUACUGCGCGUCCACUAAAAGUGCAGGUUUUAAGAUCCUCCUCCACAACCCGACUGAGACGCCCAAGAUAGCUAACCUGGGAGAGAUCUACGGGCCGGGCAUCGAGGCGCGGGUGACGGUGCUGCCGCGCGUCCUGGACGCUCAGCCUGACCUGCAGUACAUAGAUGUCUCCAAGCGCCUCUGCCUGUUCUCUGCCGAAAAGGAACUUGUGUUCUUUAGAACGUACACACUAAAGAAUUGCGAAAUGGAAUGCGAAGCUAAGGCAAUGCUGGAUUUGUGCAAUUGUGUUUACUAUUAUAUGCCGAAGAAUAAAACGACACGCAUUUGCGGAAAGGCUGACGCAAAAUGCUACUCAAACACAUCGGAAUUAAAACCUAAAAAAAAAGAAUGCGAGGAGUGCUUGCCUGCAUGCACUGAGAUCGCAUAUUUUGAGCGCGUGAGCACAGCGCCGCUCCACAAAUCGCUGGUGCGCCACCUAGCGAAGACUCACGGCAACAUCACUCCGGAAUAUUUCACUGAAAACAUGUUGAUAAUACACUUUUACUUCGAAGAUGACACAUUCAUGCGGUUUACAAAAGGAGAGAUAUUUGGACUCACUGAAUUCCUAUCCAACACCGGCGGUCUACUAGGCCUGUGCAUGGGCUUCAGCAUGAUGAGCGCGGUGGAGCUGCUCUACUACCUGACUCUUCGCGCGCUCUGCAUGGCUCGCCACCGUCGCCCCCAGCACCCCUUCACUAAAUAAACUACACUUAACAUCAAAUAAAUCGCACCUUCCGUGACGCGAACUUUAAAGAUUUUCUUCUGACACAAUCAUGGUGCCCCAACAAUAUUGGUGUUAUUUGAAAGCCCAAUAAAUAUCCUUUAAGAAAAACACAUUUAAUUUCUUAAUAAAUGAUUAACAUAUACCAUAAAUGUGACUUGAAAAAAGACCUCACUUUGGGCUCACUUCUGGGAUCAAUAAGACCAAUUUUUAUGGUUAUAAAACCAAAUAAUGAUCUGACGUGUCCUCUUUAACAGAUGGAUAGCGAUUAAUCCCAACUUAACAGUUUUAUAGCUACAAAAGUUAGCUCAUGCGUAACUACCUAUUUUUUGAAGAAGUGACUCUGGAUCCUUCUAAAGACACAUUUUCGGGGUAAAAACCUUUCUUUUAAUGAAAUGAAGUUUAGAACUAGGUUUUCAAAUGGUACCAAUGUUGGUGAGAAGUGGGGAUGCAUAUACGUUUGAAAGGUGCUUCUUGCGGGAGGUGCGAUUUAUUUGAUGCCGAGUGUAUAUUAUAGAUCGUUUCAUCCACGAAGACGCGCCCCACCAUUCUUCCGCUAAUGUUUGAGUGUUAUCGGUACACGCUAAAUUAUCCAUGAGUGCACACGCACACUACAAUAAGGACGCUCGGAUUGCUCGGAUCAACCUCACCGCACUUCCUUCGAGCAAAAAUUGGUGGGGCGCGUCUUCGUAGAUUAAAAGAUCUUAAGCCCCUUCACUAAAUUCGCGGUCGAUGGGGCCGCGUAACGAUUGAUUUCUAUUGCAUCUCGA